CGCCAGUAGUAGGACUUCUUCUUCUUCUUCUUCAGUCGCAAAUGGAGGAGAACCAGACUUUCGAGACGGAUCUGAUUCACGCCAUUUUCAAGCUCGUCUGGUCCAGAAGAGCUCUCGAGCGUCAGUUACUUGAAGGCACCGAUGCUUUGGACGGCGAGGUGGGAGCUGGAACGUCCAAGAAAAAUCGGCCGACGUCAGCUAAUGCGAAUGCGUUGAAAUUGAGUUGUGAGCUUCUCCGAAACUUUGUCACAGAGGCUGUGCAGCGUGCUGCUACGAUUGCUGAGGCGGAGGGCACUGAUAAGAUUGAGGCAACUCAUUUGGAGCGGAUUCUCCCGCAGUUGCUUUUGGAUUUUUGAGGUAUCAAAACUUGCUGAGUUAAAAAAAGAAUCUGGACAAGUAUAUCUUUGGGGGUCACUACAGUAAGAAUGUUUCAUAGGAACCACCCUUUGUAAUGGUUGUUGCCUACUAUGGACUCACUUUUGUUAUAUGUAAUCUAAAAUACUCCCAUCCUUUUGUACUAGAAACCUUUGGAAGUACAUAUGCAAGGAUUUGUGCUGAGACUUGUAUAGUUUCCUCAUGAUUGAG